CUCUUCUGAACUGAAACUUCAAUUAACAAAGAAACAUGGCGCGAAUGAAAAGCUCUUCGUCGCCUUCUCGAAUCCAAAUCGGUAAUUGCGAGGUUCUGAUAGAAGCCAACAAGUAUAGUUGCAAUUCUGAUCCUAACACCCUCCAAAUCUCAAUCUCAAAAAGCACAAAAAUCAAUAUAUCAGUUAGGAAAGAGAUGAAUUCAAAGUCUGUUAAUGACCUUUUGCCCUUGGAAUCUGAACAAAAAGGUGAUGAAGAUGGAUGUUGUGCUGUAAAAAAUGAGUAUAAGUUAAUCCUUGUUAAUUCAAAAGAUGUCGAUGGUGCUACAAAAUCUUAUCUUCAGGAAGUGCUGAAAUUAUACAAUGGGGAGCUACCAUCACUAAAUUGUGCUGCAAAUACUGGAAAGCAGUCUAGGUUUCUUGAGAGAUGUGUGUCAAACGGAAAAUGUUCUACAUUGAUUCUGAAGUAUAAGUCCAGUGAAGUCUUUCACUUUGAGCAGGUUAUAGCUGCAAUUACUUAUCAAAUCAUCCCUGCUGACACACAAUUUGCUGAGAUCCCUCUUGCUGCUGUUAAUUCAAUCUACCAGCAUAAGGGUGUUGGCCAAUUAUUGUUUAUGGAAUUGAGGAAGAGACUUCAAAGUGUUGGUAUUCGGACCAUUUUUUGUUGGGGUGACAUGGAAUCUGAAGGUUUUUGGCUUAAACAGGGCUUUAUAUCAAUAGCAGAAGUGGACAAAAAGGGUAGAGCUUAUCGGCUUCCUAUUAGAGAUUUUCUAUGCAAAGCCCUAUGCUUUCCUGGUGGUUCAACCCUUAUGGUUUGUCACCUUAAUAAGGAUACGUCAGUUGCGGGAGAAAAUGUGAGCUUCUGUUUUCCACUAAAACCUUGCCAGAAGUCUCAAUCACCAGCUGCUGAUGGAUCUGUAGGUGAGAAGGGAGCCAACAUUGUCGCCAAACAGUGUUCUUGUGUUUCACAGGGAACAAAGAGGAAGGUUUGGGAAGCUUCAUUGUCAUCUUUGAAGACAAAAAAAUUGAAGGGAACUCAGCAAAUUGACAGUCAUCAAAAUGGUUGUCAGUUAGCUUCUGACUGGCAUAUAAUCCCAGAUAUUGAUGGUUCCCAGCUUGAUGGAUGCUCCUUCCUUUCAACAGAUAAAUCAUCCAUGGCAGUUACUCCUGGGGUUUCUUUGGUUAAUAAUUGCAUGCUAAAUAAAGCUCAAGAAGGUAGACCACGUUGUAUGACUCCAGAAGCAUUGACAACUGAAGAAUUUCAGCUACAUAGAGAAUGCUUUAGAAUUAUGUUGAUGGAUAUUGCUGAUGAUUCAAAGAAAGCAAACCUUAUAAAGGUAAUUGAAAACCUUGGUGGCGCUCCUACCUUUGAUGGAAGCAUAAGCACACAUAUUGUCACUGGAAAAGUGAGAAAAACACUGAAUUUCUGUAUUGCUCUCUGUUCAGGGGCUUGGAUAGUUUCACCGAGUUGGUUAAAAGAAAGCUUUAGGCAAGGACAAUUUGUGGAUGAGUUGCCUUAUAUAUUACACGAUGAAGAUUACGCGUUGAAGUACAGAACUGAGCUAAAAGAUUCUGUUUUUCGGGCAAAAGCAAGGCCUGGAGCUAUGCUUAAAGGAUAUAACUUGUGCAUUGCAGCUCAUGUUCAACCCCCUGUCAGGACUCUAUCUGCCGUCAUCAAGUUGGCAGGUGGAAAUAUUAUACGUGGACUGGACAAAGUAAAAGAAGUAUGGAAAACAAUCUUGAUUGCGUGUGAAGAAGACAUGGAGGAAGCACUAUCAGCUCAAAAGAGAGGAAUACGAGCUUUCAACAGCGAGUGGUUGAUGAACUGUGUGAUGAGACAAGAGCUGGACCUGGAGGCUACCCAAUUUGCAGAAUCCUUGUAGGGAAGCCUCAACAUACGUGGUAAAUUAAGGUACAACUUCUUGUCCCCAAUGACUUUCUUUUUACAUACAUGGGAGGGC